AUGAUAUCGAAAGAUGGUGCAGAAGUUGGGAUUGAUUUGGGAUCAUUUUACCUAACAAAGUGGAAUUUUCACAAUCAACUGAAGAAAAGCUUAUCUGAAGAGUUUGCUUGGGUGUUUUUUGUGGGAUUAAAACAGAAAGUUAGAUAUUUCCAACAGAGAUCUGUUUACAUUACCACAGAAGCAAAGACCAAGACAUUUUCAGCUCGUUGUUCUCCACUGUUCAAAGCGUACAGAUUGAGCGAUUUUUCUGCUUUCCGAUUAAUUCUGGAUAUGUGUGCACUUGUGAACUCUCAGAGAACUUCUUCAAAGAAGGCGAAGGCCAAAAUAUUUGAAUAUUUCUGUAAAGACUUAUCGGAUGAUCUUGCUCGUAGCGCGUGUUCUGUUGGGGGCCCUGAUGUCACUUUCGUUGUUAGUCGGAAUGUUUACCAUGGAUACCGAAAUACAUUAUCUAUAUUGAGUGAAGAGUUGAAUAAAUGCUUUCAGUUGGAUAAUGGAGAAGCUGAUUAUGGCCACACUUGUGGGUGUGUAUUAAAAAUAACCCGUUCUAAGUCGUCAAAUUGCUUCAAAGUGUUCAUUGAUGCUCCCGUUGAUGCCUUCGAAGUUGUGUUCAACUAUAUGUCGACACUAAAGCUCACUGUAACUGAAGAACUAAUGCCAGCUGUGUAUUUUCUGUCGAAGAGUCUCCGUAUCCCAACUUUACACAAAAUAUGUACCGAGUUUUUAAUACACAAUUUAUCAAUCAACAGUGUUGGGGUUCUUUGUCGCUUUAUUCAGUUCAACGGACUAUACCAAAAAUGUGAUGAGAACACUAGCGAUGAUAAAUUUCAUGUGCCAGAAAUUUGUUUAGCGAAAUCCGUACAUCAUUACCUUUUGACGGAAGCAGAUGUAAUCGCUUGUUCUCAAACAGGCAUUCUUAGUGCUCGCCUAAUAGUGAAUCUUACAGGGAAUUUAAAUUCAACUGAUGAUCAGGAUAAAGUUCAAGAACCAACUGACGAAUGUUUAGCCUUUGGUGUCCUACAUUGGGCAUUUGAGAGGUUACUGAGUGGCGAAAGGUUAGCAAAAGCUGGAAGUGAUGAUAAUGUUUAUUCCGACGAUGAAGAAAGUGAUGGUAAUGGUAGCAGUCAUACUGGGAAGAACAGUAGUGCAUCACAUCGCAAAAGAGCGGGAAGUCAGUUCCAAUUUCUAGCUCAGAAGAAUUUACUUGGUGGAGGUCGUUCAAAAUAUGGUGUAUCGGCUCAAGAUGAUCUUGUUUCAGAUGAAGAUGAUGCAAAUGCAGAAGCUGAAGUUGAGGAGCGUGCUUCUAUUUCAGACACUCUGGAUCCAUUGGGCUUUUUUAGCACGCAAGACAUACGAAUUUCUGUGGACGUAAAUGAUUUAUUUUUGGGUAAACAUGAAAAUGAAAUGGAAAAUAUUUUACCUCAAGAAAUCAGUGAUCCUCAGAGUAAACAUGGCUUGUUAACUGUUUGUCUAACAACUGGAAGUCAAGAAUCUGAAACAUGUUUAUUGGCACCAACAACUCUUGGAGUCAGCUCCACAUCGAUUUGGUUAGGCAAAUUAGCUGGUUAUUUGGUGAGCUUGUCUGUAAAACGGUGCCAUCCAGCAUAUCGCUCUCUUCAGCAAUUAAAUGAAGACGUAAUGAAUGAAGUCAUACAGUCACGAAGUCGUCAUCAAAGUCGUGGUUCAUCUAUUCCUUGUAAUACCAGUAUACCAGAUGGUUUAAACACUAUAGAGGGUAAUGGACCUCAUGGUAUCAAUGGCAAUGGUUGUGGUGCACACUCGGGAACACCGUCACCAAUGAGCCUAUCUGAAACAAUUGAACUUGAUGACGAAGUGAGUCGGACAAUGACAGCUAAUUCUGCUUUAUGCUUGGCACGUGCUGCUGCCAUCGCUUCUGCACAUGAGUCAUUUAGUGGACAAGUUUAUCAAAGUGAAUUACUGUGCUGUGGUGGUUCUGGUACAACCCAGGAUUCUCCUUUGCGUAUGUUAGAGGCCAGAUCUGGUUUUGGGGUUGGACAGCUGACUUGUGAUUCUAAGAGUCACAUUAUAAUUGUUGGUGGUUAUGCACGUAAAGGUUGUUUGGAUAGUGUAGAAUUAUUUACUGAAACUAGUAAUGAUCGCGAACUAUGCAGAGAUGAAGAUUCUCCUGUAUGCUCAUCUAUUCCUGGUCCGCGGUUAACAAAGCAAAGGGGACGACUAGCUGUAGUAUCCAGUUAUCUACAAUCAUAUUCUGACUAUCCAGAUGUAGUAUAUGCAUGUGGUGGUUCUACAGGUUCCAAGGACUUAGCUUCUGUAGAUCGACUGACUUGUGAUUCCCUGAAAUCUUGGCUCACCAGUCAGGAAGUAACAAGGAGCUAUCACAACGAUUUCGAUGAUCAUAUAUACACCAACGGCUCUCAAAGGAUUUCGCAAACAGAUUCAAUCAUACACAAUCAUGCAACAAAUGGAUCUGGUUUGGCAGGUGUAUCGUUUUGGCAUACUAUAAAGAGUUUGCAUGAAGCUCGAACUAACCCAGUUGCUGUGGAUCUAAGUCAUCUUCAUCAGGGACCACUUAUAUCAAAUUCGAACGGAUCUAUUCUUGUUGCUGGUGGUUUGUCGGGUGCACAGUAUUUGUCUUCAGUUGAGGCCUAUAUCCCAGACAGAGAUGAGUGGGUGUAUAUGCCGCCAAUGUUACUAGGUCGACGGGAAGCUUGUGCUAAUGUUUUGCCUACACGUAAUCUGAUCGUUGUUGUUGGAGGAGCAGUAAUCGCGAAUAGUACAUAUGCAACCGCAAAUACUGUUGGACAACUUCGUAGUGCCAGCCUGACAUAUUGCCCAAAUGUGAAAGAUAAUUUGUUAUUAGUCGGUGGUUAUAAUGGUCAAGAAACCUUGAAUACUACCUGGAUAUUUGACUCUGCUGCUUGGAAUUGGCGUUCUGGACCAAGUUUGCUAUUUCCUCGUUCCAGUUGUAGUGCAAUACUCACUUCAGAUAAACGAUGUAGUUUAAUAUUUGGUGGUUAUAGUCCAGGAAAAUCUCCGUGUGGAUUCUUGGAUACGAUUGAAAUGAUUUUUUGA